AUGCAUUUCCCGGCCGUCGGAGGGUUUAUCCCUCUCUCGCUGGGCAUUGUCUCGUCUGUCGCAUUGAUCGCGGGCGCUGACACCGUUCCUAAACCCGAGUCUAUUGAAGUGGUUUCACUACCACUGCCACCGGUCGUGUCUACCGACGAUUUGGGGGCUUGUACUCGUCAAGUGAACCCCACCGGACCGGAUCUUCUCGCCCGAUGGGAUUACGUCUUAGCCAGCUUGAACUUCAUGGGCGCACCAGCUGCCCCCGAUCCAGCCAGUAUCUACGCCGGAGUUCACUUGAUUAUGCAUGUGGUUCUUCGCAACACCAAGACCGCUUCUGUCCUUGACUUCGUCGCAGUCACGUACCAUAAUUACUCCGAUGAUGGUCUGCAUUAUAUCCACGGACACGAGUCGGUGACCUCCACCCCCUAUCUGUGA